CCAAUGUCGCGUCUAGUGGCUUCGUAGAGCGUCAGACAGAGCGUGAAACUGCCGGAAAUCAGGACUGGAAGCUGUGCGGCACCUACAGUGCUAGCGAAACGGAUUGUCGUAGAGCCGGAUGCUCUUGGCUCUCCGCGUUCGACCAAGGGAAUCUUAAGGCUUCCCCUAGUCAGUGUGAUCCACCUAAGUACUUCAGAGGAGUCAUCGAUUCUAGAAGGGAGACUUUCCUUCCAAGGGGAUUUUAUUUUUAAGGGGAACAAAGAGGGGAAGAACAGGAAGAUGCCCGUCAAGAUGGUUAAGUCCUUAUAAGAAGGAGCUCUAAGAGUCUGCAGAUGGGCGGGUACUACGCGUCAUCUUUGGCCACGGCACCGAACACACCAGUUUCGAUGUGCUCUGCAUGCGCUAACCAGCCUACAGAGGUUUUGAAACUGUAUUUCGCAUUGGGCCAAACGCCGUGUGUCAAUGCUGAGGAUGUGUGCGCUUGCAUGGCUGGCAUCCCAGGCAUCUGCAGUAAUCCUGCCAUCCUCUCUUGGUGCUAAGGCUUGACGCAAUGCAUUUCCAGCUGUCAUUUUCUUCUGUUCUUUCCUUCUUAGGAUCUUCAGGGGAGAAUUUCCUUCGUGGGACUCUGACGAAAUGGUUGGAAGAGAUGAAAUAUUUUGAGCUGCUCUAAUGGUGGCCCUGUCCUCACGUCUGUCCUCAGCAUUCCACGAGUUGUGCCAACGUCGCACGCACAGGCUUUGAAGAAAUCGCAC